GUGAUAAAUGCAACCUUUUUGUAAUGAAGUGUGCCGUGCAAAGUAAACUUGGGCUGACAACAUGAUUACGUUUUCUUGGCGCGCGUCAAGCCGAUGCCAUCAGUUUUCAGGCACCAGAAGCGAAGCUUGUAAGAGCGAGAGAGCAAAAACAAAAUGGUGCGCGCUUGUUGUUGACGGCGACUUGCGUGUUAAAAUUAAGGUGUAAAUUCUGCUAAACAUAAGCAUCUAGUAGUGAAAAUGUUGAUAGUAUCGUUUAAAAGAAUUCAGGAUAAGUUAGAUAAACAAACCGGUGCAAAGCUGCGCUCCCGAUACUGUGCAGUGGAAAGCAGAAAAAAUUAAUCCGGGGAGACUACCGUAAUUCCAAACGAUUUAUAAUCUCGUGCGCCACACAGAAAAUUAUCGCUUUUUAAAUCGAAAAGAUGGAGGAAGAGGAUAAAGGAGAAAAUGCCGCUUUCCCAGGCACUGAAUCUGGUACAUCAAACGAUGAAAUGAAAACUCCUGAAAAUACCAUCGUUGAUUCGAACGCUACCAUUAAGGAUGAAGCGAAUGAAGAUACAUUAGUUGCAUCGAAAGAAGAGCCAAUGGUAGAAGAAGUAGAAAGCGAACAACAGGCGACAGAUCAGGAACCGAUUGAAGAAACCAUCGAUGAGGAAUGUUCAUCCGAACGUCCGCCGUUAGAAAUGAACCCCGCAGAGGGCGAUCAACUAAAGUCCCAGACAGAGGAGGAAGAAAUGAUUGUAGAAGAAGAGUAUAUCAAUGAAGGCGAGAAGCCUGAUCCUUCUGCAUAUACUGAAAAUUUGGAAAAGCAUGACGAAGAUGAAGCUGCCAAUUCUGUAGAACGUUCUGUUACUAAACAGAACGAAAGAAGCGAUGAAGGAGAUAGUGACAAAUAUGACAGUGCUGUAGAAGAAAUGGAAACAGAUCAUCCCGCGCAACAACGUGAACAUCAAGCUGUAGAGUCCGAGCAGGAUACAGUCCGUACAGAGGACCGAGAUGAUCAAGUCGAAGAGUCCGAACCGGAUCGUAAAAAGGAUCAUGAUGAUCAAGUGCAAGAAUCCGAAUCGGAAAACCCAGAGCAGCUGGAUCAUCAAGCGGAAGAAUCCGCAACAGAUCAUCCAGAGCAACAAGAUCAUGAAGUCGAUGAAUCCGAAUCGAAUAAACAAGAUACUGUUGAGUUGGCUGUCCCCGAUGGUUCAUCAAAAGAGGUGGAACAUGAACAGCAGCCACUAGAUAGGCAACUAGACGAUGCAAGCAAUACAUCGUCACAUUUGCAGGACAUGGAAAUGACUAACGUGCAUGAAAGUGAACAUGUGAAGUGUGACGAUAUGGCAGAAGGAGAUCGCAUGGGCGAUACUUCUAAUGCAGAAGAUCCUUUCGAUCAGCUGAGACACACGACCACCGAAGACACUAGCCAUAAUGAUGGAGAAAAUCGAGAGGAACGAGAACCUGUCGAAGAACAAGAAGAUGCUGCAGAGGUAAUUGAUAAAGAGGAACCGCAUGAUCAACACCAUGAUGAGGAUGAAGCCAACAAGAGUCAGGAUGAGACGAACAAGGAUGUAGAACCAUCCGCUGAAGCGGAGCCAAAUAACACGGAACAAAAUGCUACUGACGAACUGACAAGGGAAACGAACAACAGCACCUUAGAACCAACAGUGGAGGAUGAGUCAAACGCAGAGGUAGAUGAGGAAAGAGGGGGAGAGAAUGAAAACAUUUGUUUACUACCGGAUGACGAGAGAGCGAUCUCCGAUGCGGAUAAGCAAAGUGCCAUGGAGCAAGACGCUGCUGCGACCGAACAAUCCUUAGCAACCGAGCAUGAAGAAGGCGAAGGCAGAGUGGAAGAAGGCACAACGAGAGCAGGAAGUCAUGAAGAGGAAGAAGAUGAAGGUAUAGCAGGCUUUGCACCACCACUAGGAGCAGAAGGUGCUACCGAAGAAAAUGAUCCUCAAACAUCGACCGCCGAGCAGGCGGAAGAUAUGGAGGUGGAUUUAACAGGCGAGCAAACUGAAGAUCUUCCUACCAGAGAAAAUCAAAUACGAGAGCUAGCAGUACUGGCAGAAUCGGAAACGUGUAUGCAGUGUGAAAAGGAAUCGUGGCCUUGUUUAUAUACGCUAUCUCGUGAGGCGACAAGCGAAGAAGCAUCCACCCAUCAGUACAUUUGCUCGUUCGAUUGUGUCCAACGCCUUCGCAACGACCAUCCGGGUAAGUUUGAACUGAUACAGCGUCGAGUUACAAUUAUGCCCAUUUUGGAACAUCAAGAAACAUGCGUGCGCUGCGGCGAGCAGCAGUUGUGCAAGUAUCGAUACAAACUGGACGAUGGCACGUACACGUACCUCUGCGAGUUGAAGUGUGUCGAACAUUUAACGGCCAUCAAUAGAGAAAAGUACAGCUUGGUGAAGAAACGGUACAUCAUCGAAGAACGGGCUGCUCCGCACGAAGAGGACAAACGUUGCGUUCAGUGCAGCGACAUGAAACCAUGCCAGUUUGAGUUCAAACAGGACGACGAGGAGCUUCACGUGUGCAAUGACUGUGUUGAUCUGUUGAUGACGGAACAUCCGGAACUGUUUCGAUUGCAUCGACGCCGCUCGGUACGUGUGCGCAACCUUGGCAAGGAAAGCACCGCGGGAAGUGCAAGCGGUGCGAGCAGAGGCGAAGUGGUAAAAUUUACUGCCCGCACCGAAGAGGAAGCCGAAGCGGCGCGAAUCGAACGGGAGGCUUCAUUUCUACGUACCUGCAACCAGUGUCACAAAACGCUACAGAUCCUUUCGGCCAGAUGGUUACAGUGGGAAACAAUGGAGUACUGCGACGAGAAAUGUCUUGCAGCAUAUCAGGCUUCGAAUGGGUCGCAUUGCGUCCAAUGCCGGAAAGUCGUGUCCAUGAACAGUAUGGGGAAAUUUUGCGUUCGCUUUGGCUUCACCAUCUGCCAGUUCUGUAGCGCAGCAUGCCUGGAGAACUACAAGAAAGCGCUCAAAAGUUGCUCUUACUGUCAGCAAAGCAUUAGCAGUCAAAACGACAGAUUCGAGUUUCGAGUGGCUCGUGCCGGUGAGCUCGGCGUGUUGAAGGAUUUCUGCAGCGCGCUUUGCCACCGGAUGUACCAGGCAUGUUUGAAUCCAACGUUAAAGCACAAGCCGCACAUUUGCGGUGUGUGCAAUCACGAUAAGAUGACCAAGCUCAUAGUUCACCUGGAAGGGCGGGAACAUUAUUUCUGCAGCACACCUUGCUUUUCCGCGUUCAAGUUCGUGAACAAUGUCAAUCCGGAUGAGUGCGCCAUGUGUAAAGAUUACUUUGAACGAAAGUCAGCCGGAUCGUACACCAUCUACCAGCAAGGCCAGUCCGCCCAUUUGGAUCCGUUGGCGUUCUGCACCAAGAUGUGUUUGAAUCUGUACAUCUCAACCAGCCGCGAGAUUGUGCCGUGCAAUUGGUGCAAGGUGAAAAAGUACACCUUUGAUAUGAUCCUGCGUCCCUCCACGAUGGAAAGGCACUGCUCGCUGCACUGUUUGACACUUUCCGAGGUAUCGUCGAGCGUGAAGCUAACACCGUGCGAUCACUGUCGGCUGGUCCGAACAGCGCAGUAUGAGCUCAAUAUGUCCGAUUCGAGUUUACGCAUAUUCUGUACCUAUCAGUGUUUAAUGAAAUUCCAGAGCCAGUACGGUAAAUCGAAACCAAUGGAUUCCUCAAUACCGGUUCCAAUGGGUAUACCGAAGCGUAUUCCGCGAGCCACUACAACGGCAACGAUCACUCACCAGACCGUUACAGCGCAGGGUACAACACCGAAAAUGAAUCAAACUACUGGCGCGAAAACUGUAACUGAAACGGUGACCACGCGCGGACGAGGACGUCCGUCCAAAUCGCUGACGGUAGCAAAUGCUGCUGCAACUAAUAACAAAAAUGGCUCAAAUCUUCCCGUUAUCACCUCAGUCCAUUCAUUAGCUGGUGCAAUGAACACCCGUGCAACACGCCCGAAAGCGAACCAGCUUAACUUGAAUCAGAAAAAUUGGCCUGAACUGCGCGUGGCUCUGGAGCCACUGACAAAUAUUCCUCCCUCCGGAAGAAUACCGCUUAGCAGUAUUCUGCCUAAUAUAAAUACACGGUCGGAUACUGCAUUACCUGCUUCCAGUGGUACGAAAAACGCGUCCGUUUCGGCAUCGACCGAAACAUCAACAUUCGCGCCAUCGCCGGACCCAGAGUCGACACCUGCGCACGAUGAUGAUUUUCCUGCUUCACCUGCGCGUUCAGCACCCUCGCCCGUGGUACGAACGAGAGUUGAAACGCACACACAGAUUGUGACAAUUCCGCCUACACCAACGCAGGUGGCGAAUGUAGCCACCAUGUGCAAACCGAUGCAACUGACGAAAAGCAUCUCCUGCCGGCCAAUUCAGUGUAACGUCGGAUGCCAAACGGAAGAAUGGCUGCAGCGCAAAAUCGUCAUUCCAAUACCGGUUCCGAUCUACAUGCCGGUGCCGAUGUUUAUGUACUCGAUGCCAACGCCAGUGCCGGUUCCGAUCCCGCUGCCGAUCCCAGUACCAAUUUUCGUACCGACUACCCGCAAUUCUGCCGGUGGAAUCAUGAAGGAGAUCAAGAAGAUUCAAGAUAAAAUGCCCACCGACCCUUACGAAGCGGAACUGCUAAUGAUGGCUGAAAUGGUGGCAGGAGACAAGAAAAAGGAAGAAAGUGACUCCGAUUCCGACGAUGGGGGAGGGGUGGGCGAUGAUCAUUUCGGUGCAACGGAGGCCGUGGUGACCAGCGACGGAAUGGAACACAACACCUCGUUUAGUGAGGAUCUCGUGCAGAUGGCAUUGAAAAUGGCUUCGAACGAUUUUUCCGAAUCGCAGGUUGACUUGGAAUCGGCAAUGCAAGCCAAUACGAUAACGCAGCAGCAGCAACAGCACCACGGCUAUGGUGAUCUACAGCAGCACCAUCACCAGCAGCAACAGUUGCUGCUGCUAGAGCAGCAAAGGCAGGUUGCAUCACCGCUUGUUCAGCGUGGUCGCAAGCGUGGUUCGAACGUGGCGACACGUUCCAGCACAGUGGCAAACAAUAAUGCGCAACAGCACAGUCUAACAUCGUCGUCCAAGCGCAUCAAGCGAGAACAGCUGAACGAACCGUCGCCGGAGCCGGUGAAUCGAAUAGUGGAACCGGUCGAGAAACCGGACGCAAACAUGUGUCUCAAGUUCACGUUCGGUGUGAACGCCUGGAAGCAAUGGGUGGUGACAAAGAAUGCCGAUCUAGAGAAAAGCUCUAUCCGUCGGAAACCGUUCAAAUCUGACAUCCUGCAGCUGACCGCAGAUGAGCUUAAUUAUUCACUGUGCUUAUUCGUGAACGAAGUGCGGAAACCGAACGGCACAGAGUACGCACCGGACACGAUCUACUAUCUCGUGCUAGGAAUACAGCAAUAUUUGUUCCAGAAUGGAAGAGUGGAAAACAUUUUUACCGAUGCGUACUAUGAACGGUUUACCGACUGUUUGGAUGAGGUUGCCAAAAAGUUUUCCAUGCUCUACAACGAUUCUCAAUUUAUCGUAACAAGGGUGGAAGAAGAGCAUCUCUGGGAGUGCAAACAACUUGGGGCACAUUCACCUCACGUGCUGCUCAGUACGCUCAUGUUUUUCAACACGAAGCAUUUUAAUCUGGUCUCUGUUGAAGAACAUAUGGAACUAAGCUUUUCGCAUAUCAUGAAGCACUGGAAGAGAACACCGCAGCAAGGAGCUAAAUCGACCGCCACGAGGAACGUUUUGCUUCGAUUUUAUCCACCGCAAUCAUCGCUCGCUAACAAUACGCGAAAGAAAAAGGUUUACGAACAGCAAGAAAAUGAAGAGGAUCCCCUAAGGUGUCCUGUGAAGCUCUACGAGUUUUAUCUGUCGAAAUGUCCCGAGAGCGUAAAAACACGUAAUGAUGUAUUCUACCUGCAACCGGAACGUUCAUGUGUGCCGGAUUCUCCCGUAUGGUACUCCACACAGCCACUGAGCAAAGAAGCGCUCACAAAAAUGUUGCAUCGUGUUAAGAUGGUCAAAGAGAUCAACAUUGCAUUACUUACAAGCUAAUGAAAGGAACGAUGCGCAGUGCAGCAGCGGUGUCAGUAUGAUCUUUCACAUACGGAUGGUGACGGUUGUAGUUUUUGAUGUGUACAUUUUUUUUUGGAAUAUGGCAUCCAGUUCAUUGUCCUGGUCAAAGUUUGCGUGUUACUGUUGAGUUCCCUUAUCUGCAACACACAAUUAACGAUAGUUUUAUUACAUUGAGGAGAAAAAGAAUGGCUGUUAUUGUUCCAUACAAAGCAAGUAAUUGCCUCUCGCGAUUAUCGGAUUACAAUGAAUCACUGUAGCACGAAUGGAUAAGCGAAUAGAUCGGCCAGUUUUCAUUAGUACACAGGUAUAAAAUAAACGAUUUAAAUAUUGGAAUGCAAUGUCUGCAUUGCGACAAUUUAGAAUCUGUGCGAAGCACGUAAGUCAGUAAAUUACAAGCCGUGACAUCGCUUGUUCUUUUUUUUUGCAACUUUAAGAUACACUGAUAUAGUUUUCAGUGAUUGCUUCCCUUAGAUCAGAUCAGAGUCAAUAGUAUGUUACGUUAGUGAGGUGAGAAGAUCGAAUUGUUUUGCAACCAACAGAUUGUUCUCUUUGCUUAUUUGAGCGAUCCUGCGUUAUCGGAGAUCUAUCUGUUUUAGAUUUUGCUUAAGUUUUAUUGGCCAAUUCAGUGUACUUUUAAACAGCAAACGCAACAUAAUAUUAUAGUAGCCAUAGUUGUCAAAACUGUCUGUACAUAGAUGUACAAUCGAAGCGUAAAGCAAGAAAGGUAUCUUAAAAAUAUGUGCAUGUAAAACGUGAGAAUGGAUGGGUUUGUUUUAUCUUGAAACUAUAGCAAAUACUAGAUUCCACGCAACUACGUAGAUACUCGUACAUCCGACGCUAAAUAAUAAAGUAAGAAAACAUUUCAUAACUAA